AUGCAAUACAUGUAUAUGAUCAAGAUUGAGAUCUUGUUCAUUGUUCUGGUUAAAUGUAAUCUAUUUAUUAAAGCUGAUCACUCCGAUUUUUCCAUAAGUCCCGAUGGUUAUCUCUCAAUAUUACGUAAACCCAAUGGUGAAAGUCUUGACAUCGCUGGUAUUGUAAUCAAUAAGCCAAUAUGGGUAUUCUCAGAGAAUAAUAAUGAACAUUAUGCUAGAUACAGUUUUUAUGAAGAUCAUUCUUCCAAUAAGAUUGAUUCAAAUUUAAAAUCAAUCACCCAUGUUAUUGCAAUACGAGGCGAUCAAUUUGUUUAUCUUGGUGAAGAUUAUAAUACGACGCAACGAAUUGGUUUAGUUCAAUUAAACUAUAUUUUCGAUGAAAUAGGCACAAUUGAACUUGAAUUUGUUGUACUCAAUAAUCAAACGAUCGAAAAUCCAUAUGAGAUUCUAAUGACUAUAUAUGACAAUCGGCAUGAAAAUCGAGUUUAUUUCUUUUCAGUCACUGGUUUUCUUGUGUACAAUCUUCAUACGUUUGAAAUCAAUUCAUACCCCUGGAUGAAUUCAUCAGAUUGGAAAAACUUUCGUGAUUUAUCAAAUAUUAUCGUUGUCGGUGAAAAUUAUUUCCUACUUGGAUUUGGAGAAACAUCAUUUAGAUGUGAAAAAUGUCCUUCAUUUGUAUUAGUCGAAAUCGAUUCAUUUUUAAAAGUACGAGUUCAUAAUUAUGAAACAAUCAAUUUAUUGGAAUAUGAUGAUUUUCAAGGUCGAAUGUUAAUGUCAAUCAAUGAUCACAAUGAUUUGGCCAUUCUCUUUCAAGAAAUCAAUUUAAUUGUCUUUGGAAAUAUUGAUUUGAAUACAAAACGAAUCAAAAUCAAUACCAAAAAGGUUCUUUUAGAUCAACCUGGAAAAUUUCCCAGUCAUUCAAUUCUUUGGGUAAAUAAUACUCGACAAUUAGCCGUUCUUUUUUCAAAUGCGCCUCUCACUCAAUUCGCAAAUUCAGCGAUAUUCUUUUUCAAUUAUGAAGAUGAAGAUUUACGUAUUCAAAAUGUUUUUCCAAAUAAACAACAAAGAAUUACCUAUGAAAAGGAAGAUCAAGUACCAAGUUUUUCGAAUUUGAUUAACAUUAAUGGAAAUUAUUUCGGAAUAAGUGCAGAAUAUCCGGGACAGAAUUGGUAUUUAUUGAUAAUACCAUUGAUAUCGUCGAAAGGAAAAGAAUUUGUUGAUUUUGGUGGUCUACUGGAUGAUGAUUUGAUAUAUCGAUUUGCAACAUUUGCUGCGUGCUUGCCGGGAAUGUAUAAAAACUCGAAUCGAUCAUUGGAACACUGUGUUUAUUGUCCUACAGGCGAAAAAACAUCGAAAUCCGGUAGUAUUCAAUGUGAAAAAUGCGAGAAGAAGGAAAAUUGUCCAUUAGCUGCAUUAAGUGAUGAGAUUGAAUACAAAAAUGUUAAUCAGAUAGUUAGUUACCCAUCGAAAUCGAACUUUGAUUCAUUCGAUGAUAUAAUUCUAUCAAAUAUGUUUCAUUUUCAAUGUCUUUCUAUUUCUCCAGCGUUUUGGAUGUUUCUCGUUAUUUCGAUAGUUUUAUUUUUGACAAUUCUUGUUUUCCUUUGUUCGUAUUUCCCAUCAACAUUUCGUUAUCGAUUGAGAAUUCAUCAAAUUCUCUCACAUAUUGAUUUAAUUACUGAAGGUCAACUAUGGAUUGGUGGUGUCGUCUCUUGUGGUAUAUUUGUUCUCGUUAUAUUCGCUGCUUUGUUUAGUUUUGAAUACAUGAAUUUGUAUCCGAUUGAAAGCUUUCGUCCUUCAUCGUUUGUUUGCGAUUCAGAUGUUGUCAAUGCCAAAUUUACAAGUGGAUUACAAUUACUCGCAUUACCGAAAACUGAUGAUGAACGUCCCAUUUUUGAUUUACUUGAUGGUCAACCAUUUCAAUUGGUAUUUCACUUGAUAAAUACAAAUCUUGAUUGUGUAAAUUCCAGAUUCGAUAUUAGACAAAAGAAUGGUGAUUAUUUUACUUCUUUCCCUUCAUUCAAUUGUUCAAUGAAGGACAAUAAUGCGACAUUAGCAUUAGUUAUUACACUUUUAACACACGUUGCACGAACAACAAUCAAGAUUAACUCGAUUCAUCCGAUAGCCAUCCUUCAAAUCUGUUUACAAGGAUUCAAUCAAACGAUCGGUGAUGGAAAAUAUGUUUUACGUUCAUUAUUUGCUUGCAACGUAUUUUCCGAUGUCAAUCAUACAAUCGAUGAAAAGCCAGAAUUGGAUAUAACUCUAACAAAAGUAGUUAAUCGGACCGAAUCGUUAGAAGGGAAUCAACAAACGAAUUAUUCUGGUCUGUGGAUUCCUUUGAUCACUGGAAAAGAUAUCACAACAAAAACUCGCUUGGCACCAACGGACGAGUACCUCCGAUAUCUUAGUUUAUCAACAACAAUUUCAAUCCAAUUACGAGAAUCGCAGUUUUUUAUUCAGAAUACUCAAGAGCCAAUUGCAAGAAAAUAUGAAAUACUUUUUCGUAAUGUUCUCUUUCUCGGUGUGGUGAUUGAACUAUUUUCAUUGACAUUUUUAAUCUGUAAACUUCUUCUUCUACCAAUCAUUCACUUAACUUACCAAUGUUUCAUUGGACUUUGUCUUUUCAAGCGUUUUAAAAGAACGAAAUCUAUCGAAAAAACAACAUUUUAA